UGAGGGUAGACAGUUGGUAAAGUCUAUACAGUGCAGCCAGGGCCCAAGGAGGUGAUCAGUGACGCAGAGACCUUAAGGGCUUACUGGGACUUGUAGUAGGACUAGACAGUUUGGUGCAGGCCACAUUGCUUGACAAUUUGACAGAGACUGACUGGACUUGACUGAUGAUGGACAAUGCUGCAGGUUUAGCUUAUUUGCACUCGACUGCGGCUGCAGGACUUGACUUGAGGCCUCCAAAACUCUGGACACACACACUAGACACCACUGACCUCAGCAAAGACUUUGUGCAAAAGAGAGAGAGAAGCUCCACCCAGGGCUUAUAUGGGGAGAAUAGUAGGGAGCCCAUAGGUCACUCUUGGGGUCAGCUGGUCACUGGUACCUCCUUGGUAACUGUCACAUGGUAUAACUCUUAAAGUGAUAACAUACACUGCUCAUAAAGAGAACACUAAAAUAACAUCCUAGAUCUGAAUGAAUGAACUAGGACUUGAAACGGGAGUGAAAUGUUCAGAUUUACUGGGCGGAGCAGAGGGUGAGGCGUCACCUAUAACGAUUGUUUGAAAGGGAUGAAGUUGGCAUAAUGAAAUCCCUCCUAGUGUAUAAAACCUAUGUGUUAUCGAUAGCUGUAGGCUGCUUCCUGGUGAGCACCAUGUAUCAUCAAAGCUUCAAAAAGUGCUCUAAUAGAGAGAAUGGAAUCAUAUUAAAAAUUGACACCAAGAAGGCUUCAGAAAUUAAAAUGCGGAUAAGCAGAAUCUUCAAUCAUAUAGACCAGAGGAUACCUAAAGUAACUUUAAUUGAUAAAGACAGUGCAACAAGUGCUACAAACAGCAAAGUGUUCAUUAAAACCCCCCAAAAUCGUUAUUGUGUCGGGGAUCAAUUAACUGUACAGGUUGAUGUGUAUGAUCAUUUGGGAAAGAGGAAAUCCUAUGGAGGAGACUAUCUCAGAGCAAGAAUUUCCAAUCCAGAUAUGAGAGCCGGAUCUUCAGGGAGAAUUGAAGAUCUUAAUAAUGGAACAUAUCAUAUUCAUUUCACUUUAUUUUGGGAAGGUAAAGUUGUGGUGACUGUAUUUCUUAUGCACCCAAGUGAAGUCGUCUCUGCUCUCUGGAAGUCAAGGAAUAGUUGGUAUGGCCAAGUAGAUUAUGUAGGAAAAUUCACAAGUAAAGAUAAAGAAAUAGUGACAAAGUGCGGAUUUGCUUUCGAUAAAAAGGAAGAACUUUGUGAAUAUGCUGACCACGAGGAUGACGAAUACUUUUAUUGUGUCAAACCAAAGAAUUUCAGCUGUGGUUCACUUACUGAGCUUAAAAGUACGAAAACUUAUGCUUCACAGCUGUCUAAACUGGAAAACAGUCUCUUUACAAGAUCAAAUGUCAGAGUGGAAAUUCCAGUAAAUAUAUCAGCAAUUGAUGUAGUUCUCUGCAAUGGUUUAAGUUCAGAGAAGAAAGAACACUGCAAAACUGGAAUGGGCUUAGAAUAUCCCAGUGGACAUGUCAUGGAGGAAAUAUGGUACCCGAAAGGAUGCACAAUGAAAACCUAUCACAGUAUGGAGGAACUGAACGCAUGUAUGAAGGGAAAGUUUAUUUACAUGUUUGGAGAUUCGACAACGCUUCAGUGGAUGAAAUAUUUUGAAAAAAAUUUAAAAACAUUGAAAUUACUCAACAUCUAUGAAUCCGGGUGGGCGCAGAAGCAUUUAGGGGUGGACAUUGCAAGGAAUAUCUAUGUUCAGUGGAAAAGACACGGAAGACCAUUUGUAACUUUAGAUUUUGCGUCUGUCAGAGAAGAACGUUCUAUUCCACGUGAAAUUGACAUUAUUGGAGGCAGCCCAUAUACUGUGAUCGCAUUCACCAUUGGAGUACAUUUUAGACUAUUUCCCGUCCAUCACUAUAUCAGAAGACUCCUCAACAUCCGUCGUGCUAUAGAACGUCUCCUCAUCAGAAGUCCACAAACCAAAGUUAUUAUUAAGACUGAGAAUACAAGUGAGAUGGUAAAUGAGUUUGAAGGAAUGAGUGAUUUCUAUGGAUAUAUUCACUACUUCAUAAUGGAAAUAAUCUUCAAAGAUCUCAAUGUUGGCUUUGUUAAUGGUUGGGACAUGACCACAGCAUUUAAUUUAAAUCAAAGACAUCCACCAGAACCUUAUAUAAGAAAUGAGGUAAACAUGCUGAUGACAUAUAUAUGUACAUGAGCUUUACCAUGGUUCCUUUUAUGUCUUUACAUUGAAAAAUAGUGGUUUCAGUGAAUGGCUCUUUAAGGCGGCCUUAAAGGGGUACUCCACUGGCCAGUGUUCCUGCUGCAUUUGGAACAUUUAGUUCUGAAUGCUGUGCGCGCAAUGCGGGGGUUGACCACACCCCCCUUGCGAUCACAGGCCACUUCCGUGAUGGCUGCCAUGCCCCUCCCAUAGACUUGCACUGAGGGGGCAUGGCCUGACAUCAUGAGGGGGCGUGGCCAACCCCCGCAUCGCACACACAGCAUUCGGAGAUAAAUGUUCCAAACACUGGCCAGUGGAGUACCCCUUUAAAGUUCACAGGCACCAAAAAAGUGAUUGGCUUUACAUAGAAAGUCACCAGGUGUAUAAGAACAACCAAACCUAUUGAGCAGUCAUCUCAACUAUUUGUAUUUUUGAGUUUACAAACACUAUUUUAAUCACUUUCACUUUAGGGCCAUUUACCAGGCAGUUGUAUCAUAUAGGCAAACAUUGUUAGCUGGAUAUACAGAUGUAGACAAAAUUGUUGGUACCCUUCCGUUAAAGAUACAAAAACCCACAAUGUUCCCUGAAAUAGCUUAGAGGGGUACUCCGGUGAAAAACUAUUUUUUUUUUUAAUCAACUGGUGCCAGAAAGGUAAACAGAUUUGUAAAUUACUUUUAUUU